GUGCUUCAUGCAUCAAGCCCCACCCACUCAAACUGGGCGUUGGAGCCAGCCUGGGGUCCCGGGGGCCUGCUCAUCUGUGAAACUGUAAACAAGAGACUUCCUCUCUCUGACCCCAAGGCAGUGAGGAUUCCUGCCUCCUGGCUGAGGGGUGACAGUGGCAUGCAGCAGGGCAGCUGUGGCCUGCCCUCGGCAUGGUCCUUGGAGCUGCCCUUCCAUCUCUCCUUCACUCUGAGGCCCUUUCCCAUCCUUGAGCCAGUGGCCAGGCGCCCACGGCCUGGGUCUGAAGGGAUGUGAAUGCCCAUUGGCUCCAGGCUGGCCACUCUGCCCCAUGCCCCAUGGCUGGUGAGACCCCACGUGCCAACUGUUCACCAGCACCAGGCUUUUCAUUUCCACCUCACCUGUCAGGUAGGGAGUGCAUUUUGACAAAGAUGUUGGAUUCAGACUCAGGCUUAAAUCCAAGCUCCUCCCCUUAUUAGCUGUGUGACCUAGGACAAGUCGUUUCCCUCUCUGAGCAUGUCUCUUCAUCCAUCAAAUUGGCUGUAACCCCCAGCAUACUGAAGAAGACAGAAGAUUCUGCAUUGGAAGGGUCCAGAACAAAGCGUGACCUGUGGUAGAUGGUCCUUGGCAGAUAUUUCUGUUUUUAAUUCAGUUAAAUCCCAUCACCUCCAGCCCCAGAAGUACCUUUUCCGACCUGGAGCUGUUCCAGCCCCGGGGGGCCAAGGGGCUCUUACUUGGUGCCAGCUUCCUCAGAGUUUUCCUGAAAAUUCCUGAGGGCUCGGGAAAAGGAGAACAACAGAUUUCAUUAACUCCCAGUGACUGGCAGCAUCGUGUUUUUAUCUGGGCUGCGUCGCCAUGGCAGCCUCAUGGUGGGGUUGUCGAGGGGGCGGGCAGAGCUAUUGUUCCUGCCAUUGUCUGUUCUGGAACACAGGCCCAGGAGAAAGGGACUGGCACAGGCACCCAGUGGCACAUGGCUGCAGGCAGCCGUGAAGUCAGAAGCCAUCUGGGGAGAAGGGGGAAUGUGGCCUGGCUUCCACCCCAGUGUGCUCUGAGACCUAUCUGAGGAGGUUUGAUCUGGAGCCUCCCUACGUGGGAAUGUGGGUGCGCCCUGGGCUUUUUGAGGCUCGGGGGAGCCACGGGGUUCCUGGAAGAGGGCCACAGAGGGCUGCAGGCAGCAGUACUCCCCGACCCUGCCCAGGCUCAAACUAUGGCUCUGCCACCUGUCAAUCUAUACAGCAAUUGUUCCCCACUGCAUCUGUAAAAUUGGAAUAAUGCUGGUUACCCCAAAGGGUAAUGUCAGAGCAGCUGGGUAUAAGGCAUUGGAGAGGGUUUGGUUCUGUUUCGUGGGGAUAAGGAACAGCUGCCUGUUUCCCUAACUACCUCGAGGCAGGGAUCCCUGGUGCAGAUACCCCUAGGAUGCCCUGGCUUAGGAGAGGAGGAGGUGGAAUUAGAGAUGCCCAAUCCGAGUGGGUAUAGGACCAACUGGGGAUGGAAAGCAGGCUUCCCGGGCCUACUUUCCCUCCUCCUGCAAAGAGAAAGGAUUUGGAGGCCUGGAGCUAGGCGGGAAGUGCCGAGUGGAGCUGCGCGGGGUAGGAAGUAAGGGAAGCGCAGUUGGAGCUGGAACUCCUAGGGCAGAGGCACCUAGAAGAAAGGAAGAGGGACCGGUCCACGGCCAGCGCGGGACGUUAGGGGGAGACAAAGAACCCGUGGCAUGCGCAAGUGGCCGCCGAAGACCACGCCCAUGUCCCGAAGAUCAGGAAGCCGCGGUGCGGGACCCGGACGUUCCAUGCUUCAGGCAGCUGGGGGGUGGGUACGAGGCCGGGAAUGCGGGGGGCUGCCCCGCGUAUGCAAAGGACUGAAGCUGGGCGCCGGGUGAACUGCUUGUAGGGCUCUCAGAGGAAGACCACCCUUCGGCGCCGCAAAGUCGUCGCGCCAAGACGCCUCUUCGGCGCCCCGGAGGCCUGCCCACAGGCCUCAAAGUACCCUUUCCAAGCUGGGGUACCCUAGGCCUGAGGAUGCGGGUGGCGUCUCUUGCGGGUUCAGCGUCCGAGCCUGGCCUUCGCGCGCCCCCUACUGGCCCGCCCGGCGCCCCCUUGGUACACCAGCUCGGCGGCGGCGGCCCUGUCUCAGAUCCGGGGAAACCCUACCGGGGAAACCUGGAAAAAUGACGUCAGCAUUCUCGGUGACGUCACUGGGCCCCUGGGGAGCGCAGGGGUUCCCGCAGAGGAGGCUUCCCCGGGACGGCACAGGGCGCGGGCGCGAGCAGGGAAGUCGUCAGGGGCCGUGGCGUGCAUUCGCAGCGCCCUUUAUCUGCCCUACAGGUCCCGCGCGGUCCCGGGUGACGCCUGCCCCGCGCGCCCGCCGGCGCCAUGGGAAGGAGCGGGCACCGCUGCUGCCCCCCGCCGGCGCGCGCACGACUUGAACCCCGCCGCGGGCAGCCCCCUGCCGCGGGUCUCCGAGUGACGCGGGCGGCACCUGGGAGCGUGGCGCGGGCCCGGGGCCGCGCGGAAGAGUUCAGCGUCCAGUAAAGCAGCCGAGGAUCCGCUGCCAGCGCCGCCGCCAUGGUUAUGUCCCAAGGCACCUACACGUUCCUCACGUGCUUCGCCGGCUUCUGGCUCAUAUGGGGUCUCAUCGUCCUGCUCUGCUGCUUCUGCAGCUUUCUGCGUCGCCGCCUCAAACGGCGCCAGGAGGAGCGACUACGCGAGCAGAACUUGCGCGCCCUCGAGCUCGAGCCCCUAGAGCUCGAGGGCAGCCUGGCCGGGAGCCCCCCGGGUCUGGCGCCGCCGCCACCACCGCACCGCAGCCGCCUGGAGGCGCCGGCGCACGCGCACCCGCACGUGCACGUACAGCCGGUGCUGCACCACGGGCCCGCGCAGCCGCAUGCGCACCCACCGCCGCACGCGCAGCCGCACCACCACGCGCUUCCGCACCCGCCGCCGCCGCACCUGGCCGUGCCGCCGCGGCCCUGGAGCUACCCGCGCCAAGCGGAAUCGGACAUGUCCAAGCCACCGUGCUACGAGGAGGCGGUGCUGAUGGCCGAGCCGCCGCCGCCCUACAGCGAGGUGCUCACGGACACGCGCGGCCUCUACCGUAAGAUCGUUACGCCCUUCUUGAGCCGCCGCGACAGCGCUGAGAAACAGGAGCAGCCGCCGCCCAGCUACAAGCCGCUUUUCCUGGACCGAGGCUACACGUCGGCGCUGCACCUGCCCAGCGCUCCGCGGCCAGCCGCGCCGCCCUGCCCUGCCCUCUGCCUGCAGGCCGACCGCGGCCGCCGAGUCUUCCCCAGCUGGACCGACUCGGAGCUCAGCAGCCGCGAGCCCCUGGAGCACGGAGCUUGGCGCCUGCCGGUCUCCAUUCCCUUGUUCGGGAGGACUACAGCCGUAUAGAAGGGCGCCUGGCGUCCCGGGCCCCACCCGCGGACUCCUUGCCUGACUGCGGGGCUUUUUAAAUGCUUCCCUUGGACUGGGGUAGGGGGGCUGGGGGGGAGGGAUUUCUUACCCUGUUUGUUACAUUUU